GCAGUGCGUCUGGGGGCCGCUGCAGCGCGGCUGCUGUCGGACGGGAUGCUUGGGCGCUUGCACACAGUUGGCUGUGGUGUGAUCGACCUGUGCCGCCUCCCACCGCAGUUCUGCCUCCGCCACGUCGCACGGCAGUCGUCUGCAGCGGUACCAGCACCAUGAUCGGCUACUUGAGCGGGACGUGCGAGGCGGCGUGGUGGUGGUGGUCGUGGUCUUGCCAGCUGGUGGGCGCCGCCGCGCUGCUGGGGCUGGCCGCCUGGCUGCUCUCCAUCGCCCUCGACCUCCUCCACCCCCUGCGGCUGGUCGACCGCCUGCACCAGCGGGUCGUCCUCAUCACGGGCUGUGACUCCGGGUUCGGUGCGGCCCUGGCUCGGCGGCUGGACGCGCUGGGCGUUCCCGUGGUGGCGGGCUGCCUCUUCCCGGAGGGCCCCGGAGCCAAGCAGCUGGUCCAGGAGUGCUCCUCCAGGCUGCGCGUCCUACCGCUGGACGUGACCUCGGAGCAGCAGGUGCGCGACGCCGUCUCCAGCAUCCGCGACAGCCUGGACGGACGGGAGCUGUGGGCGCUGGUGAACAACGCCGGGGUGUCGGACGUGGGGGAGGCGGAGCUGGCGCCCCUGGAGGCGUUCGAGCGCACCCUGGCCGUCAACACAGUGGCUGUGGUGCGCGUCACGCAGGCCUGUCUGCCACUCAUCCGGCAGGCCAAGGGCCGCAUCGUCACCGUCGCCAGUCCCCUGGGCAGAACAGCAAUGCCGAUAAUGUCCCCGUACUGCAUGUCCAAGAGUGCCGUCAUAUCGUACUGCGACGCACUGCGUGUCGAGAUGAAGAAGUGGGGCGUCUCCGUCUGCACGGUGGAGCCGUCCAGCUACAUGACUGGUCUGAACAAUCCCGAUCAUUUCAAGGCAACAAUUUCGAAGAAUUUUCAGACGUGCCCACUCAGUGUGAGAGAGGCUUACGGACUUGAUUACGAUGACAAGUGCUCGGAAAGAAUGUCUUUGCUGACGUUCCUCGCAAAGAGGAAUCCCAGUAUCGACAACGUGAUCCACGAGCUCGUCGAAGCCUGCAUCGGAAGAUACUCCAAGGUGCGGCGGAUUCCUGGCCUGUGGGAGAGAGUGGUUUACGUGAUGCUGCCACAGCUACCUUAUUUCGGGACGGACAUCAUUAACUACCUGCUUUUACAGUGGAGAAUGGCUGUACCGCCUACUGCAAAAAGCUCAGAGGAGCAGAACGAAAUGCACUAAAAUUUCUGAGAAAAAACCUCUUCCCUUUCCUCCAUCUCUUACCGCUUUUUUCCAUUAAACUGAAGAGCCAAAAACACUCUUACACCUGCCUAAUAUCGUAUAGGAUGCAGAAGUGCCGCAACACGACAUGGCGUGGACUCGACUAAUGUCUGAAUUACUGCUGGAGGGAACUGACACCAAGAAUCCUUCAGGUCUGGCCAUAAAUCCCUAAGAGUAUGAGGGGGUGGAGGUCUCUUCUGAACAGCACACUCCAAGGCAUCCCAGAUACGCUCAAUAAUGCUCAUGUCUGAGGCGUCUGGUGGCCAGCGGAAAUGUUUAAGCUCAGAAGAGUGUUCCUGGAGCCACUCAGUAGCGAUUCUGUACGUGUGGGGUGUCGCAUUGUCCUGCUGGAAUUGCCCAAGUUCGGCGGAAUGCACAUUGGACAUGAACGGAUGCAGGUGAUCAGACAGGAUUUUUACGUACACGUCACAUGUCAGAUUCGUAUCUAGACGUAUCAGGGGCCCUAUAUCACUCCAACUACAUAAUCCUCAGAGCAUUGCAGAGCCUCCACCAGCUUGAACAGUCCCCUGCUGACAUGCAGGGUCCAUGAAUUCAUAAGGUUGUCUCCAUACCCGUACACGCCCAUCCCCUCGAUACAGUUUUACAAUUUGAAACGGGACUCUUCCCACCAGGCAACAUGUUUCCAGUGAGCAACAGUACAAUGUCGCUGUUGACGGGGAAUUGUUCGCACGCUACACUUAUUGAUGGCCCAACACUGAAAUCUGCAGCAGUUUGCGAAAGAGUUGCACUUCUGUCACAUUGAAUGAUUUUCUUCAGUCGUCGUUGGUCCCGUUCUUGCAGAAUCUAUUCCCGGCCCCAGUGAAAUCGGAGAUUUGAUGUUUUAGCGGAUUCCUGAUAUUCACGGUACGCCCGUGAAAUGGUCGUACGGGGAAGUGCGUACCUCAUCGCUACCUCGGAAAAAUUGUGUCCCAACGCUCAUGCGCCGACUAUAACACCACUUCCAAACUCACAUACAUCUUGAUUACCUACGAUUGUAGCAGCAGUAAUAACUGAGCCAGGCACUUGUUGUCUGAUAUAGGCGUUGCUGUCCGCCCCUAUAGCUAAGUGAUCAGCGUGACGGAUUGCCGUCCUACGGCCCCGGGUUCGAUUCCCGGCUGAGUCGGGGAUUUUCUCCGGUCAGGGACUGUGUGUUGUGUUGCCUUAAUCAUCGUUUCAUCCCCAUCCGGCGAGAGGUCACUCUAUGUGGAGUCGAAUGUAAUAAGUCCUGCACCAAGGCGGCCGGACCUGCCCCGUAAGGGGCAAACGCUCAUUUUCCAUAGGCGUUGCCGAACGCAGCCCCGUACUCUGCCUGUUUACAUAUCCCUUUAUUUGAGUUCGCAUGCAAAUACCAAAUUCUUUGGCGCUUCAGUGUAUUUCCUCCGGGACAAACGCUGCCUGCUCUGUAGACGGCAACAAUAUACGCGACUGUAGUCUCAGUGACACAUUUACGCGGGACGAAAAUGUGGAUAAUGUGAAUACCGUGGAUAACUGCCGCUUGGAGCAUAGAUUUUACACACACAGAGGAUGAGAAGCCUACAUUUGUCACUUCAAGUAACGUAUGAUUAGUUAAAAAUAUGUUUAAUCUCUUUUCACUUGCACGAUUUGUGAGUAGUGACCAGCGGGGUUGACACCUACAUUAAUCAAAGAAACAGAGACAUUAGCUUAGUUUUUCAGAUAGCUCUAUGGUAUUUUUUGUGUCAGAAGAGCGGAUCAUAAGAGACAAAUUCGGCAAUUUUAAUUCUUUUUAAAUAUUACAUUGGAUAUAGUGAUUUCUGUGCUGUUGCGGCCGUUAGAAUAGCGCACCGGCAAGAUGCUAAUCCGUAAAUUUUUUCGCAGAAGAGUCCUUUCACUGAAUUUGUACCUGCUAUGGUGCAAAUGGAGUACCACGUUUCAACUUGCUUAACUAAGUGCUAGUGACAGUUGUAUUUUUUAAAAUACGAUUUUCCUUAGCUUAAGCAGUCACAAUUAAUCUACACCAUUUGACAACAGAUUUUAUACAGUUCGCUCUAAAUUUUUCGAAAGACCACGACCAAAUUCAAUGAACCUUUCCACUCUUAGGAUAAUAUGUUGUGAGCCUGAUCAUAGAGCAUUCUAAGGUUCCUAUAUUGGGGGGAGGAGGAAGGGAGGGGGGAGGAGGAGAGUAGCAGCGUUCAAGAUUCAAUCUAGAAGUUCAUCUCGCUUAUCAGCCUUUUUUGCUAUAUUUUAUUGUCUUCAUCAAAGCCCAGUUACAAAACAGCAAAUGUGUUGGAUGAAUGAUAUCUCAUACGUAUGGUAGAAUGAGAAGGACCUGCAAGUCCGUUGCAUUAUUUAUAGCUUAUGAAUAGUAUUUUCCCAUGAAUGGAAGAAAUUAUGACGUGUCUUUCCUCGCUCCAAAAGAACAUGACCAUUAACGACAAAUACGGUUUUGCACUGCCUGAACUGCGUUGCAGUUCCAAAGGAACAGGCAUUGUGGCUACUACAUCCGUCGUGAAAUAAAUGAAACGUAUUCGCAGUUACGAAUAUGGACUACCAUCAGCUGCAGAAUGGAAUACCGACAGUGAAUAUUUCUCCCAGACCGGUACUCGAACCCAGACUUCGUGGUUGUCGCAAGAGGUCGCCUUACUAUUUGACUACCAGAACACGACUCAUAGCCAGGCCCAAACUUCCACAUGCCAUAAACCAUGUGUCCGUAGCCUGUAUUCGUACAUUCAUUAUGUAUACUCCUGUGCAGAGCAGAUAUUUUCUUGGAAAGUUGCUUGCCUGGUGUCGGCGGAUAAAUACGACUGUGCAGUGCCUGUGUUUUUCCCGUAUUACGAUGCAUGCAAGUUCGAAGGAACAUUGAAUCGUAAUUCGGAAUAACAAAGACAGUGCAAUAUCGUAUUCAUCCGAUGACACUGGGCAAGCGACUUUCAAGUUCCUUUCAUACUCGCUUGGAGCGUAGAUUUUAGACACACACAGGACGAGGAGCCUACAUUUGUCACUUCAAGUAACGUUUGAUUAAUUAAUAAUAUGUUUAAUCACUUUCGACUUACACGAUUUGUGACUAUACGAUUGUCAAAAAUGUUAUUUAAUUUAUGUUUCUGCUUCAGUUUAGAUGUGUAACUUCUCUUCCAAUGUUGUUCACUAAGAUUGUAACUUCUUUGGUGACAAUACUCAGUAAAUGUCUGAUGAUGAACUUGUAACUGGAAAAACAGUAAAAUGUUGAGCAGUAACAAAAUUUACAUAGUUCAGUAAAAAGUAAAAAAAUGAACAGUAAAUAAAUAAAAAAAUUACUUGUUACAUUCCAUUACCACCAAAGUGUCAAAGUUGGUAUUUACUGCACGUUUCUGCUUCAAUGUAUAUGUAUAACUUCUCUUCCAAUUCUAUGGCACUAUUUCUCAGUCUGGCAAAAGAUAUUUUUUCGCACGUAAAGGAACCUUAGGAAAAGGAAACUAGUGUGUUUGUUGUUUUUAAUCUUUUGUUGUGAACUUCUUACUUUUAGUACAGAAAAAUAUUGCAAACUGGACUCUUGUUAAGUAAAAUAUAGUGAGUAGCACAUAUCGCUUAUAAAUUGUUUCAUAAAAUCUGUUAUAGUAAUGGUAACGUAAUCCAGCAGCACAUUAAAUCUCAGUUGUAUCAAAACAAGUUAUACGCCGUGAAUAGUCACUCACAAUUUUAAAUAAUCGUCGUACAGUGAUUACAGCGAAUAACCUGUUAUUGCACUUUUGCUUUACGAAAAUGCAACAGCAACCAUCUCAGAAUAACAACUACCUCGGCAUCCGACCGCAACUGAACAGUAAAUAAAUAAAAAAAUUAGUAAAAAGUUGAACAGUAAAUGAACAAAAAAAACUACUUUUUAUGUUGCGUUUCAACCACAUUGCCAAAGAUGUUAUUUACUGUACUUUUCUGCUUCAAUAUAGAUGUGUAAGUUCUCUUCCAAUGUUGUUCAUAAAGAUUGUAACUUCUUUGGUGACAAUACUCAGUAAAUGUGAGCCGAAAACUGAUUAACACAAUGAAACUAAUACUGUGGAA